AUGCUCGAUUAUGUUCGUCAACGGCCAUCGCCGACAAUAUCACUGUCAUCAUUAUCAUUUUUAUUUAUUCGUUUAUUAGUUAUAUUUUUUAUGUUUUUUAAUUUAUUUUCACUUUGUCUACAUGACAUUGAUACGAAACCUAUUGAAAAACAUUCGUUAAAGACAAUAUUUCAAUUACGAAAUACACGAACAGUAAAUCAACCGCAAAAGAAAUUCCUACGUAUUAUUUAUUUUCGCGAAUUUGAUAUGACUAUACAUGAAACUCGUUUAAAAUCCGAUGUGAAAAAUUUAACAGAAUCACAUGACAUUGAUUUUAAAUUAAAUAUUCUCGAUCAAUCACGAUCAUUUUCCAUUGCAAAACUAUGUUCAAUAAUAUCCGAAGAACGACGAGAUACCAUUUUAAUUGCCGAUUUAUAUACAAAAGAAAUCGAUUUAAUUUCUCGUUCGCUUAAAAUACCUACAAUAGCCAUUACAAAUCGUUAUCAAAUUGUUCAAGGAAAACUACAUAAUCCUUAUCUGUUUAAAUUGAUGCCCGAUGCAAUCGAAGAAGCAAAAACAGUAGCAUAUACGAUUGAUAGUCGUUCAGUUUAUACUCGUAUUGCAUUAAUCUAUGAUGUAUCACUUGAUAUGGUUGAAUUUCGUUUAUCCUAUCUUCGUCUUGCUAAACAACAUAUUGUCUAUCGAGCACUGUUGCCACGUAUAUCAUUUUCACAUGAAUUCAAUCAUGCAGCACAUACAAUUAUAUAUGAUUUAGCACGUAUUGAUAUUCAUCUUAUUCUAUGUAUCAUGUCAACUGAACGCGAAACACAAUUUGUUCGUUUAAUAAAAGAAUUUAGUUCAACACCAAUAAAACAAUUAUUGUUAAAUCGAACAAGUUGGUGGUUUGCUUCUCGUCUCGAUGAAAUGCACGAGUUAAAUUAUUUUCCAAAAAUUUUUACUGCAAGUGAAGAUCGUCGACGAACAUUAAGUAAUUUUUCAAGUACCAGCAUGAAAAUAUUAUUGAAUGCUGUUUUAAAAACAUAUAUACGUUUACCAGAUGCAUCAGCAAUAUCGUCAUUGUUGAUUGGUUCGCCUACCUGUGAUAGUCGACUGAAUCAACAGCAACUACGAAAGACGCACAUGUUUAUCAAACUAUUCACUAAUUUUACUGAAUGGAAUUGUGACAUUCGAGUUGGUUCUGGUGUUGAUCCAAUACUAUUCGAACCAAAAACGCUUGUAUGGCGUGUUCCAACGAUGUUUAUGGUACAUACGGAACAUUUAUGUCGUGGUAUGCUUACACGUCUGUUUUACACAGCCAAUACCAAUGCAGAUCAAUUCUUUCGUUCAUGUCGUUCAACAAAUUUAGCGUCACGUAAAAGUUCAUCGUCUCCACCAGACAAUACAACAACAAGUUUAUCGACAACAUUUUCAAAUGCUCUUGUUGAUAUGAAUGGUUUCCUUAAAAUGUUCGGUAAACUAUGGGAUGAUUCAACAAGAGAAUGCCGUUUUGUACGCAUUCUUACACACGCGUCAGCACCGAUUGUUGUCGGUGUUGUUGAACCACCGUAUGUGUUUGUGUCAGAUGCUCAGAUUUCAUCAGAAUUUCAUUGCAAUUAUGGUAUACCAUGUUAUCAAAUCGAUCCACCAUUAACAAAUAUGUCAAUGGAUCCAUUUAUUUUUCAGUCGAUAACUUUUGCACCACCACAUUGUUGCUAUGGAAUAUCCAUUAAUUUACUAUUACGUAUGGAAGAUUCGAAUUCAGUUUUAGCAUUGAAAACAAGAAGGCUAUUUGUUUAUUCGGACAAACCAAAUAAAUGGGUAGCAUUAACAAAAGCCUUAGAGGAUCGCCGAGCACAUUUAUCAAUAUCAGCUAUUCCAUAUGAAUCAUUUCUAGCACGUUCAAUUGAUUUAAGUCCACCAUUUUAUCAUUCAUCCUAUGUUAUAUUUACUGCACCAGCACCAACACGACCAUCACUUGGCGUUUUUCUGCAACCAUUUUCAUGGACAACAUGGCUAAUGAUAUUUCUCGUACUUAAUUGUGCUGCUUUAUUUGAAACAUUUUUUGAAUGGCAUAGUCCUUACGGUUUAACACCAAAAGGUCGUCGAAGACAGAAAGUCUUUAGUUUAGCAUCAGCAUUGACGCUAACUUGGUCAAUUGUAUUCUCACAUACAUUUAAAACGAAAUCUCCUAAAUGUUGGUCCAAUCGAUUUUUAGGAAAUGUAUGGGGUGGAUUUGGUAUUGUGUUUAUUGCUAUUUAUACGGCUAAAUUAGCUGCUUUUAUGGUUGAAAUUGCCGAAACACAAACAGCUACGAAUGUUCAAGGCAUCGUCGAUGAAUGUCGUAAAACAGCCCAAUGUAGUAUUGGCGUUGUUGCAAAUACAAGUGAUGAAGAAUAUAUUAAAAGAUUUUUUACAAAUUCACUUUAUACUCAUAUGCAAUAUGUUUCAUCCUAUGCACAUGGCAUUGAAUUACUUCGUGCUCGUUCCAUAACUUAUUUACUUAUGGAUCAUUCAAUGGCACGUUACUAUUUAACACGUGAAGUUUUCAAAUCAAUUCGUAUCAGUGGUGAUAAUUUUGGAGCAUUUGGUUUAGCAUUAGGCUUUUCAAAAUUUGAUCAAGAAUUAAAAAACAAUAUAACAAAUAUUCUACUAUCUUAUGUUGAUAAAGGUAUUAUUCAACGCUUACAUGAUGAUUGGUAUGUUUAUGAAAAUUGCGAAAUUAAACGAUUAAAUGAGAAUCGAAUGUUAUCAGUCGAUCGGUUUAUUGGUGUAUUUAUACUACUUGCUGGUGGUAUGAUAGUUGGAUUAAUAACACUUCUAUUAGAAUGGCUUACAUUUAAAUAUGCUGUGCCAUAUUGGCGAAGACGACAAUGGCCCGGUUGGAUGUUUUGUUCACAACGUUUGUACGCCACACUAAAUGCAUCGGAUGAAGUCUAUACUGAAGGUUAUCAUCCAUCAAAGAGUCAAUCAUCUCGAUGUGUUGGAGAACGUCUUCAUAAUUAUUCAACUCGAAGUGACAGUCUUGAUCUACGUGUUGUUGAUGUUCCGAAAUUAUUAUGUACAACCUAUCAACUUAAAGAACAAAUGCAUAAAAUAAAUGAACAACAACCGAUACCAUUAUUACCUCCGAAUGGUAUUCUAAGUUGUGCACCGACGAUAAAAGAAGAAGACGAGGAACAAGAAUUAAUUCGAACACGUAUUAAAGAACUUGAACAAGAAUUAAAUCAUUUAAAACUACAAGUAUCAAUAUUCGAUAAGACUUAA